ACGUGCACGAUGUAAUUCACCAUUGUUGUCAAUGUAUUCACCGUUGUAGCAACUGUUUCGCGACAUCGGAAGAAGAAUACCACACUAUGUCAGUUUAUAUCAGUAUCGACUACCGUCGAGAGAAUCGCGCGGAAAUUCCCACACGACACGAACGAUACGUAGAAGGGCGGUACCAGACACGAACUCGUGGCACUGGGUGUUCGUUCCUUACACCAUUUAGAAACCCUUUCAGUCUGCCAGUACGAUCAUCGUUGAAUCCCGUCAUCGCGUUAUCCAUUCGUUUAUCGUGUAAUUUUGUCGCCUAUCGUGUAAUUUUGUCGCUGUUUAAUUCGUUCGGCAAUAUGUUCGUGCAAGCUCCUGCCUUGUUGAUUCAACAAAAGUCAGAGAACUCUGAAGAAGGCAGUGACGAAGAAGGAACCGGUGAUGUCCUGCAGAAACGGCGAGAAGAAUGCGAGAGAAAGGCGAGACGUGGGGAGAUGGAUCCCCGUUUGGAAUUUGCCUUUCAACUCUUGAUGGACGCUACGCAGCUGUCCCGCCACGAGGUCAUGGAUCACGUUUUCGAAGGGGACAUGCUCGACGAAAUCAAUCAACUGUUUCUGCCCCAUAUGAAAUCCACCCUCGUCUGGUAUUAUCAGGAAGCGGAGGAGUCUGAACCUCUGCGUCCCACAGAAAUGAUGCAAAUGAAAACCUCGACCUCCAGACCAGGCCCGAACACGUCGGCGCCAAAAGUGAAGGAACAGAAGGAAGUGAAGGAACCAGGCAAAAUGAAGUUGUUUCUCACCGAUGGGUGGCAAGUUCCUUGCACUGGAAUAUGCAUUUAUAUGUUCAGAUUAAAUGUCUCGAAACAAUUACCCGAGGAAGGUUUCCAGAAAGAUCUUUAUACGGGUGUGAUAGACACAAUGAAGGUGGGAAUAAUAACAGCGAUACAGAGAGUGGUGGAGUAUGUUUUCAUGGAUGCUCUUGCGCACCCUGGCUCUGAAGGAGAGGACGAUUGCCCGAUGAUUAAGAGCCUUCUGUUACCUGGUUUAAGAUCUUUCUGCAGUGCUCUAAAAGUGUGUGAACAAGUAGCUCACGAAGGGCGUAUAUUCGACGACGACGUAGCUCUGAUGAAUGAAGUGCAUAAUUUCGAGGAAGCGAAAGCGUUUGUAGCCAAAGAAAAUGCCGUGAACAUCGUGGAAGAGAAAGUAAGAGCGUGGAUCAAGAGAUUGAAGGACUUCAUGGUGGAGAGCAAACAGGUGAAGCGAGAAAAUGAUAAUUCCGGUCCUCAACAAGAGUUGGAAUAUUGGAAACGAAGAGGAGCCCAAUUCAGUCAGCUAGUCAACAAACUUCAGGAUCACGAGAUACGAAUGUCGCUUCUUUGCUUGCAAGUUGCACGCUCGAAGUUGAUAAAAGAUUGGGUCGACGCGGAGGAUGAAGUCACAUAUUGUUACAACGAAGCUAAAGACAACGCUAAGUUUAUACAGGCGUUGGAAAAAUGCUGCCACUGUCUGUAUUUGGAUGAUCCAGUGAAAAUGAGAGAUUCCCUUGUGUCGUUGUUGCAAACAGUUCGUUUAAUAUACAGUGUCUCGAGAUAUUACAACACGUCGGAACGAACUAGUUCGUUAAUGAUAAAGAUCACGAACCAAAUGAUCGUUGCUUGUCGAGAUUAUGUCACGAACAGGAGUCGAGAAACCGUUUGGGGUCAAGAUCGUGCGGUUGCACGAUCGAAGCUAAAGCACUGUUUAAAACUGAACAAGGCUUACAGAGAAACUUACAGAUUGGUUCGAUGUUCUCCAGCUGUAACCGAGCAGGAGUUCUCGUUUUCAGAGACUCACGUGUUCGGAAGGUUCGAUUUAUUUUGCGACAGAAUAAGAAAGAUUUUGACUAUGUUCGAAUUGAUACAGGAUUACAAAAGCCUUUUCGAAAGAAGGAUGGAGGGUCUCUUAUUGGGAGAAGCAUUGGACGAUGCUAUAAGAACUUUCGAAGAGGCUGAGAAAAUUGCUACCACUAAAGGUUACGAUUAUCUGGACCCGAGGAAUAGUGAAUUUGACACGGAUUACAACGACUUCAUGACAAAAACCGAUACCCUAAAACAGAACAUCGGUAAUAUUAUUGAAAACAAUUACGCGGACGUUUGGGAAACACUUCAGGGUAUACGAUUUUUAACUCGUUUCGAAAAAGUCAGUGAAAAAAUACCGCUAACGAAACUAGAUGAAAAGUACAACAUAGUAGUAAAAUAUUGUGACAAAGAGGUGGACAGGAUAUUGAAAUUAUUCAAAAGGCAGAGGGAUGAUCCUCCGUUGCCGAGACACAUGCCUGCUAUCGCUGGAAGAUUAACCUGGGCAAAUUCGUUGAAAGUACACUUGGACGAAUUGGCUACAUCGGUCUCUAAUCAUCCAGUCCUCAAAAAUCUUCCACUGACUGUGGAAUUAGAAAAAAGAUAUAAUCACGCUCUCAGCAUUUUGAGCCAGUAUAAGUCGGACAUUGCUGAAGUCUGGACUCAUCAGAACUCCUGGGUCAUCGAAGACUGUUUGAAACGGCCUUUGCUGACGGUGGACGAGAAGACAGGAAAAAUCAAAGUCAAUUUAGGAGGUCGCAUCACUCUUUUGCUCCGAGAGGCUGAUUGCUUGGCUAAAUUGAACCUCGAAAUACCUAUCGUCGCAUUAACAAUCCUGGCAAAGAAAGAUUACUUUACAUUGGUGACAAAUUCUCUUCAACUGAUGAUCGAAGAGUUCGUGUUCACGGCAAGACGCGUGAAACUAGAAGUGAGACCGUUGUUAUUACCGCAUUUGGUGCGGGUUGCAUCCUUGCUGGAACCUGGUUUGACUUCUUUGAAUUGGACCAACCCAGAGUGGAGAGAAUUUUAUCAGAACACGAAAGAGCAGAUCAAGGAGUUUGAUAUUCUUAUUACAAGGGUUCACGAUGUCUAUGAUAAUAGGAUUCUGCAAGUAUUGACAGCUAUGCAGAAGAUAACAUUACAUUCUAUGCCAGAAUCUGAUCAACUCUGGACCAUAGAAGAAUUCGUAGAGAAGACCGAAGAAGUAUGCAGACUCGCAGCGGUAGAUUUAUAUCGCAAGAGUAUGAUGGUGGAAGAGGCUGUAGAGGAAGUGCUGGAUCUCGUUAAGAAUGCGGCAGAGAAUUUCAAAGGAGCCGCUAAUUCCAAUCAAUUCGAAUUUUUCAAUACCGAAGAAAAUGAAGAAACAGUAGAGCAAACAGUCCAACAAGACUGGUCCUUGGUGUGGAAUUUGUUUGACGAUCCUCAUCAGCUGUUGAUCACUCCUGGUAGUCUACCGAAAGGAAUGCAAGACAUGGUUAGAAAUGCCGUGACCGAAAUGAGAAGAUAUUACUCCAGAAAGGUCGUAGAUGUUCUGAUAAAGGUCACCAGAAGUUCAUUGGACGUCAUUAGGAAGCGAUUCAUUCGAGAAAUCGAUCCAGACGAGACACCGUGUCCAAUAUUUCUGCUUCAUGCAACGUUGAUGAUACCGGUAGUGACCGUGAAACCUAGCUUGGACGACGUGCAGGAAGUCUUAACUUUGGUUGGGAAAACUAUUGUCGGUGUUGCAAGAGGAGUGUCGCAAUGGAACUCUAGAACUAAUAAGAACACAUGGGGUCAAGUUUAUCCAAGAAAGAAUUUCGCAGACAUCGUAAUGCGCGCUCAGAUGCAAGCAGCGAAGAAGAAAGAGGAACCGGAAGAUCCAAGAGUUAGAAGGCGAAGAUUGUACAAAAUUAUCUCUGAGGAGAGGCUAAUGUUUCCUGUUCAAGAACGGAAUUUUCACGCCAUGGUGAUGGACAACAAGGAAGUGAUGAAACUGUUAUCCAUACUAAAUACGUGUAUGCAAGAGUUCAAAUCGGACCUUGUAGAAUUUAUCGACAGAUGGAAGCCGUACAAGUUUCUGUGGAAGAAUGAGAAAAGUAUGCGGGAAUUGCUACAGAUCUCUUUGUCCGAAUUCGAGACUACUCUUCGAAAGCAUAGUGAACUCGAAGAUCUCUUAGCAACCGAGCCUGACACGAUCAUUUUCGGAAGUUCCAUCGCUGUCUCCACGGAGAAACUGAAAUAUGGCUUGUACACCGAAAUCAAGGCCUGCACGCACAAAAUUGGCCAAGCGAUGAAAAAGAAGUAUCGACGCGAAAUGGAGUACGUUUACGCGUUAAUGAACGAAAUGGAGCGUAAAUUGGAUCGUCAGAUACGCGAUCUCGACGACGUGCGGCUUAUUAUGGACACGUUGAAGAAAAUUCGGGAGCAGGAAGUUGACAUGGAGCUGAAAAUCGAUCCGAUCGAGGAGGCUUUCAACAUCGUCACGAGGUAUGAAGUGCCAGUGGAUCAAGAAUGUCUGGAACAGGUGGACAAUUUGAGGUAUACGUGGCAACAGCUGCUCGCAAGAGCCCAAGAAAGUCACGUGUUGUUGCUGAGGCUGCAGCCGCAGUUUGAGGAAGAUCUUCGAAACAAUCUGGAGAACUUUCGUACAGAUAGCAGGAUGUACUGCGAGGAAUAUAGAUCUUCCGGGCCUAUGCAGCCGGGUCUCAGUCCGAGAGAAGCUUCAGACAGACAGAUAUUGUUCCAGAACAGAUUCGAUGGCAUGUGGAGGAAAUUGCAGACUUAUCAGAGCGGUGAAGAACUAUUUGGUUUGCCUACGACCGAUUAUCCUGAACUGUCGCAAAUUAGGAAGGAGCUGAAUUUACUUCAGAAAUUGUACAAAUUGUACAAUGACGUUAUCGAUAGAGUGAACAGCUACUACGAUAUUCCGUGGGGCGAGGUAAAUAUCGAAGACAUAAACAACGAGCUAAUGGAAUUCCAAAACCGCUGCCGCAAACUUCCGAAAGGCUUGAAAGAAUGGCCAGCAUUCUUCGCCCUGAAAAAGACCAUCGACGACUUUAACGACAUGUGUCCGCUUCUGGAAUUAAUGGCCAACAAAGCCAUGAAACCUCGCCACUGGCACAGGAUCGUAGAAGUGACGGGCUAUUCCUUUGACCUCGAAAGCGAGGGUUUCUGCCUGAAGAAUAUCCUGGAGGCGCCUCUGUUGAAGUAUAAAGAAGACAUCGAGGACAUUUGCAUCUCGGCUAUGAAAGAGAAGGACAUCGAAGCUAAAUUGAGGACCGUGGUGAACGAAUGGUCCUCUCACGAGUUGACGUUCAUGACGUUCAACAAUAGAGGGGAAUUAUUACUGAGGGGAGAUACCACUGCUGAGACGAUCGGCCAACUGGAAGACAGUCUGAUGGUGCUUGGAUCGUUGAUGUCGAAUCGAUACAACGCGCCAUUCCGUAAACAGAUACAGCAGUGGCUCAACGAUCUCUCGAACACCAACGAGAUCUUGGAAAGAUGGCUGCUGGUGCAGAACAUGUGGGUUUAUUUGGAAGCGGUGUUCGUUGGCGGUGACAUAGCGAAACAAUUGCCGAAAGAAGCGAAACGGUUUAGCAAGAUCGAUAAGAGCUGGCAGAAAAUCAUGCAGAGAGCGCACGAGACUCCGGGAGUGGUGCCAUGUUGCGUGGGAGAUGAUUUGCUGAAGCAACUUUUGCCACACUUGCAGGAGCAGCUUGAAUUGUGUCAGAAAUCUCUUAGUGGAUAUCUAGAAAAGAAGCGUAUGAUGUUUCCAAGGUUCUUCUUUGUAUCAGAUCCUGCUCUGUUGGAGAUACUUGGUCAAGCUUCCGAUUCUCAUACGAUACAGAAUCACCUGCUGUCUAUCUUCGACAAUACGCGUUAUGUAAAGUUUCACGAUAUCGAGUAUAACAAAAUGAUGGCCAUUAUUUCGUCGGAAGGUGAAACGAUCUUGCUGGAGAAGGUUGUAAGAGCAGAAGGCUCAGUGGAGACGUGGUUAACGCAACUUUUGCAAACGUCGCAACAAUCCUUGCACUCGAUAAUCCGGCAGUCUCAUGCCAUGAUCAACGAUGCAAACUUUAAUCUGCUUACGUUCUUGGACAAAAUGCCCGCCCAGGUUGGUUUGCUGGGAAUACAGAUGAUUUGGACUAGAGACAGUGAGCUAGCUUUGGCCCAAGCUCGUGCGGAUAAAAAGAUUAUGGCGGAAACAAACAACCGAUUCCUGGAUUUAUUGAAUACGUUGAUCGAUCAGACUACCAGAGAUCUCGCGAAAAUUGAGAGGACGAAAUUUGAAACUUUGAUAACGAUUCACGUACACCAACGUGAUAUAUUUGAUAUAUUAUGUCGUUUGAAUGUAAGAUCGGUGAACGAUUUUGAAUGGUUGAAGCAAUGCAGAUUUUACUUCAAAGAAGACCUCGACAAAACGUCGAUCUCCAUAACAGACGUAAAUUUCACAUAUCAAAACGAAUAUCUAGGAUGCACAGAAAGACUUGUGAUUACUCCAUUAACAGACAGAUGUUACAUAACUUUAGCACAAGCAUUGUCAAUGUCUAUGGGUGGUUCACCCUGUGGGCCAGCCGGAACAGGCAAAACUGAAACUGUCAAGGAUAUGGGCAAAACUUUGGCCAAAUAUGUAGUAGUGUUCAAUUGUUCUGAUCAAAUGGAUUACAGAGGAUUAGGACGAAUCUACAAAGGACUAGCACAAAGCGGUUCUUGGGGUUGCUUCGAUGAAUUCAACAGAAUUGAGUUACCGGUGUUGUCUGUCGCUGCUCAACAAGUUGCAGUUGUCCUGGCGGCGAAGAAGGAGAAGAAGAAGCAGUUCGUCUUUACAGAUGGCGAUUUGAUAGACAUGUGCCCUGAGCUUGGAAUAUUUAUAACAAUGAAUCCCGGAUAUGCUGGCAGAAAGGAACUUCCGGAGAAUCUAAAGAUACAAUUCCGCACAGUCGCUAUGAUGGUGCCUGAUAGACAAAUCAUUAUUCGAGUGAAACUAGCCAGUUGUGGUUUUCUAGAGAAUAUCACGCUUGCUCGGAAAUUUUACACUCUGUAUAAACUCUGCGAGGAACAACUUACGAAACAGGUUCAUUACGAUUUCGGCCUAAGAAACAUAUUAUCCGUGCUAAGAACAUUAGGAGCGUCUAAAAGGGUAAACUCUAAAGAUUCUGAGAGCACGAUCGUUAUGCGUGUUUUAAGAGAUAUGAAUCUUUCGAAACUCAUAGACGAGGAUGAACCAUUGUUCAUUUCAUUGGUGGCUGAUCUGUUUCCAAAUCAGGCCCUUGAAAAGACUUCUUAUCCAGAAUUAGAAGCUGCCAUUAAUCAACAAGUAGAAGAAGCUGGAUUGAUAUACCAUCCACCGUGGGUGUUGAAAUUGAUACAAUUAUACGAGACACAAAGGGUGAGACACGGGAUAAUGACCCUAGGUCCGACUGGUGCAGGAAAAACCACUUGUAUACAUAUUUUGAUGAAAGCUUUAACGCAGUGCGGCGACUUCCACAGAGAGAUGAGAAUGAACCCAAAAAGUAUAACAGCCGCGCAAAUGUUUGGCCGAUUGGACGUGGCGACCAAUGAUUGGACAGACGGGAUAUUUUCAGCUUUGUGGAGGAAAACGUUGAAAUUAAAAGAGGAAGAACACGUAUGGAUGGUUCUUGACGGACCUGUUGACAGUAUAUGGAUCGAGAACUUGAAUUCUGUACUGGACGACAAUAAAACAUUGACUCUUGCAAAUGGUGACCGAUUGUCGAUGUCGCCUAACUGUAAGAUCAUCUUUGAGCCUCAUAAUAUCGAUAAUGCAAGUCCAGCGACAGUAUCUCGUAACGGGAUGGUGUACAUGAGUUCAUCAGGAUUGGAUUGGGAUCCUGUGGUGACUGCUUGGUUGAGAAGUCGGACACCUUUGGAACAGGAAGUAUUCGGUCAAUGUUUUACAGAUUCUUUUGCACAGAUUUAUUCGUGGAGCACCCAAGCUUUAUCACUGACCAUAGACGUUCUACAAUCCAAUAUAGUGCGACAGAUGUUGUGUCUCCUCGAGGGUUUAAUUCCACCCGAAGCAUGCAUAGAAGAGGAAGAAGACGAAGAAACAGAAGAGGAGAAGCGACAACCCAUGACAGCCGAACAUCUAAAACGUUUCUACGUUUUCGCUUUAGUGUGGGGUAUAGGGGCGUUGUUAGAAACAUCAGACAGAGAAAAGUAUGACUGUUACCUGCGACAAAAUUUCGAAAGUCUAGACUUGCCAAUGUCAGAAAAACAUCCUGAGGCGAAAUUAUUCGAUUUCUACGUCACUGAAAAGGGUAAAUGGGAUACGUGGACAAGCAUAGUGACCAACUACGUUUAUCCAGAGUACUCGACACCUGAUUACAGCAACGUAUUGGUUCCAAUCCCCGACAACGUGAGGAUACAGUACUUAAUCGAUCUAAUUGGUCGUCAAGAUAAAGCAGUUUUGCUGAUAGGCGAGCAAGGAUCCGCGAAAACUGUCAUGAUGAAGUCGUACAUGAAGAAGGCGAACCCGGAGACCACGUUGAGCAGAUCGUUUAACUUCAGCUCGGCUACGAGUCCGUAUCAGUUUCAGAAAACCAUAGAAAGUUACGUGGAGAAACGUCUAGGUAACACGUUCGGGCCAGCAGAAGGGAAAAAGAUGUUGGUUUUCAUUGACGAUGUAAAUUUACCUCAGAUAAACGAGUGGGGCGAUCAAGUAACCAACGAGAUUGUUCGUCAAACAAUGGAUAUGAAAGGGUUUUAUUCCUUGGAGAAGCCAGGAGACUUCACCAGCAUCGUAGACAUGACGUUUCUGGCAGCAAUGUGUCAACCAGGCGGUGGAAGAAACGACAUUCCUCAAAGAUUAAAGAGACAAUUUUGCAUCUUUAAUUGUACGCUACCUGACAAAGCGUCCAUUGAUCGUAUCUUCAGUGUCCUCGGUGAGGGUCAUUAUAAUGCCAAAAGAGGAUUUUCAAUAGAAGUCAGGAACCUGAUAAAGAAGAUGGUUCCACUGACGAGGACACUUUGGGAAAGGACUAGAACUAACUUAUUGCCCACACCGGCAAAGUUUCAUUAUGUCUUCAGUCUUCGAGAUCUGUCGAGAAUUUGGCAAGGUAUGCUCGGUACGCUGUCCACGGUCAUCGACAAGCAGAGCGUUCUUAUGCUGCUGUGGAAACACGAAUGCAGUCGCGUGUUCAGCGACAGAUUCACCAUACAAGCGGAUAAAAAUUGGUUCGAUGAAGAAAUUGUAAAAGCUGUUAACGAAAUGUUGGGAGAAGAUUACACGAGCAUGCUCAACCAAAGUCCUGCAUUCGUAGAUUUCAUGAGAGAUGCUCCCGAGCCAACUGGUGAGGAAGGUGAAGACACUGACGUCGAAUUACCAAAAGUCUACGAACCGGUUUACGACGAACAAAUUCUCAGAGACAGAUUAGAAAUGUUUCUCUCCCAAUUCAAUGAAAUGCAAAGAGGCUCGGGCAUGGAUUUGGUUUUCUUCCCCGACGCCAUGCUACACUUAGUUAAAAUAUCCAGAGUCAUCCGACAUCCAAAAGGAAAUGUGAUGUUGGUAGGCGUUGGAGGAUCUGGCAAGCAGAGUCUCACGAAGUUAUCGUCCUUCAUCGCCGGUUACAAAACGUUUCAAAUCACUCUGACAAGAUCUUACAACGUGGCAAAUUUCUUGGAAGAUCUAAGAUAUUUGUAUCGAACGUGCGGGGCACAAGGAAAGGGCACCACGUUUAUAUUCACCGAUCUAGACAUUAAAGAGGAGGGUUUCUUGGAAUACUUGAACAACAUUCUAAGCUCGGGGGUCAUCAGUAACUUGUUCACUCGCGACGAGCAGCAAGAGAUCAUCUCGGAAUUGACACCCAUCCUGAGACGCGAGAAUCCGAAACGAACGAUCAACAACGAACUCGUGAUGGAUUUCUUUCUUCAGAGAACCUGUCAAAAUUUACACGUGGUAUUCUGUUUCUCUCCGGUCGGGGAGAAGUUCAGAAAUCGUGCUCAACGUUUCCCAGCUCUUAUAUCUGGCUGCACUAUCGACUGGUUCCAGCCUUGGCCGAAGGAUGCUCUAGUCCUGGUUGCCAAACACUUUCUACACGAUUUUAACAUAGCUUGCACCAGCGAAGUGAAAGUCGAAUUGGUGAACGCCUUAGGCUCCAUACAAGACAUCGUUUCUGUCACGUCCGCGGAGUAUUUCCAAAGAUUUCGUCGUGCUACUCACGUCACGCCAAAAUCGUACUUAAACUUCAUCGGUGGCUAUAAGAACAUCUACCAAAGCAAACAGCACGAACUCGGCGAAGGGGCCAAGCGAAUGGACACCGGCUUGGCGAAACUGGAAGAAGCAUCGAUAUCAGUGGAGAUCUUAAAACGAGAUCUGGCUGUGAUGGAGAAAGAACUGGUUCAAGCGUCUGAAAAGGCAGAGACCGUCCUCUUGGAAGUGACAGAGAGGGCGAUGCAAGCGGAAGCGUUCAAAAAUCAGGUGCAAAAAGUGAAGGAGAAAGCUGAACAAUUGGUAGCUUGCAUAGCGGAGGAGAAAGCUCUGGCUGAACAGAAACUGGAAGCAGCUAAACCGGCGUUAGAGGAAGCAGAGGCUGCUUUGAACACUAUUAAACCGGCUCACAUAGCCACUGUGAGGAAAUUGGGCAGACCGCCUCAUCUUAUUAUGAGAAUCAUGGACUGCGUGUUGAUUCUGUUUCAACGUAAAAUUGGCCCGGUCGUUCCGGAUACAACUGCGCCGUGUCCGAAGCCUUCCUGGGCAGAAUCGUUGAAGUUAAUGGCCAGUACCACGUUCCUGCUUCAACUGCAAAAUUAUCCAAAGGACAUAAUAAACAACGAGAUGGUCGAGUUACUACAGCCUUACUUCAAGAUGGAGGACUACAAUAUGGAAACAGCUAGACGAGUUUGCGGCGACGUGGCUGGCUUAUUGUCAUGGACGAAAGCCAUGUCGUUUUUCCAUUCGGUGAAUAAGGAGGUCCUUCCACUGAAGGCCAAUUUGGCGUUGCAAGAAGCAAGACUUAAGGUGGCCAUGGAGGAUUUAGCAAAUGCCGAGAGAGAACUAUCAGAAAGAGAAAUGGCUCUGCAAGCGGUGAAGGAACAGUACGACUCGGCUGUUUCGGAGAAACAAAGGUUGACAGAAGCUGCGAACGUGUGCCUUAGGAAAAUGACGGCCGCGACUGCGUUGAUCAAUGGGUUAGGUGGCGAGAAGAUACGUUGGACCGAGCAGAGCAGCGAAUUCAAGAUCCAACUGGGACGAUUGGUUGGAGAUGUUUUACUAGCCACUGGCUUCUUAUCGUACUGCGGGCCGUACAAUCAACAGUACAGGGCCGGCCUAGUGUCUUCUUGGAUGAACAUUUUGGCAACGAAAUCUAUCCCUUUUACUAAAAAUCUGAAUAUUACGAGCAUGCUCGUGGAUAGCGCAACGAUCUCGGAAUGGACGCUCCAAGGAUUACCGAACGACGAAUUAUCUGUGCAAAACGCGCUUGUCGUAACUAAGUCCUCCUCGUACCCUUUGUUAGUCGAUCCUCAAAAUCAAGGAAAAAUGUGGAUAAAGAACAAGGAAUGCUUGAACGAAUUACAGAUCACGUCUCUCAAUCACAAAUAUUUUAGAACACACCUCGAAGAUAGUUUGUCUUUAGGCAGGCCAUUGCUGAUAGAAGACAUUGCAGAGGAACUAGAUCCGGUUCUCGAUAAUGUGCUCGAGAAGAAUUUUAUCAAAUCAGGCUCCAUCGAGAAAGUGAUCGUUGGUGACAAAGAGUGCGACGUGAUGCCCGGUUUCAUGUUGUACAUCACCACGAAAUUACCAAAUCCCGCGUACAGUCCAGAGAUUUCAGCGAAAACGUCUAUAAUCGAUUUUACUGUCACGAUGCUAGGUUUGGAGGAUCAGCUACUUGGCAGAGUGAUCCUCAUGGAAAAAGCAGAUUUGGAGGCCGAAAGGGUAGCCCUGUUCGAAUCUGUGAUGACGAAUCAACGAUCGAUGAAGGAACUCGAAAGCACCCUGUUACAUCGACUCACGUCCUCUGAAGGCUCUUUAGUGGACGACGAAGCGCUUAUAAACGUGCUCAGAGAGACUAAGGUAACCGCAGAAUCGGUCAAUGAAAAACUAAAGGUGUCUGCGUUGACAGAAAAGAAAAUCAUGCUGGCCCGAGAAGAAUUCCGCGCUGUCGCAUCGAGAGGAUCUAUCUUGUACUUUCUCAUUGUGGAAAUGAGUAACGUGAACGUAAUGUAUCAAAAUUCAUUGCGACAGUUUCUGACUAUAUUCGACAAUUCCAUCACCAAAUCGGUGAAGAGUCCCAUCACCAACGAACGAAUAAACAUAAUUCUUCGUCACCUUACCUACGAAGUGUGGGCCUUCACUUUGAGGAGUCUAUACGAACGACACAAAUCGCUGUUCACGUUGAUGCUGGCUAUGAAGAUAGACUGUCACCGAGGUGUCAUUUCUCACGCGGAAUUCAACGCUUUCAUCAAAGGUGGUGCCUCCUUGGAUUUAAACGCAGUCACGCCAAAACCAUUCAAGUGGAUCCUCGACAUAACAUGGCUGAAUUUGGUCGAGAUCAGCAAACUGGACUCCUUCUCAGAUAUUCUAACGAAGAUCGAAUUCAGCGAAAGAGAGUGGCGAGUGUGGUACGAAAGAGAAAAACCUGAGGAAGAGGAACUGCCUUGCGGCUAUCAGAAGAAACUCGACGUGUUCAGGAAAUUGCUUCUGAUCAGAUCGUGGAGUCCAGACAGAACUUUGUCUCAGGCGAGAAAAUAUGUGAUCGAAUCAUUGGGAAAGGAAUACGGGGAAACCAAGAUCUUGGAUCUAGAAGCUACUUGGUUAGAGUCUGAAGUUAGAACGCCGCUUAUAUGCAUAUUGUCCAUAGGAUCAGAUCCUAGUCCACAAAUUACUGCACUGGCGAAACAAAAAUCAAUCCAACUGCGAUCAGUGUCCAUGGGCCAAGGCCAAGAAUUUCACGCUCGAAGAUUGAUCUCAGACGCUAUGAACACUGGUAGUUGGGUACUGUUGCAAAAUAUUCACCUGUCGCUUCCUUUUUGCACGGAAGUCAUGGACGCUCUGGUUGAAACAGACACUGUCCACGAGGCGUUUAGACUUUGGAUGACCACCGAAGUGCAUCAGCAAUUUCCCAUUGGUUUACUUCAGAUGGCCAUUAAAUUUACCAAUGAACCACCGCAAGGUAUUAGAGCCAGCUUGAAGAGAACUUACCAAGGAGUAACGCAGGAUAUGUUGGAUUAUAGCACGCAGUCACAAUGGCCACCUUUAUUAUACGCUGUUGCGUUCUUACAUACAGUAGUGCAAGAACGUAGAAAAUUUGGACCUCUUGGCUGGAACAUACCAUACGAGUUUAAUCAGGCUGACUUUGCUGCUUCCGUUCAAUUUAUACAGAACCAUUUGGACGACAUGGAUCCAAAGAGAGGUGUAUCGUGGCCAACUGUUUGCUAUAUGCUUGGAGAGGUUCAAUACGGUGGCAGAGUUACCGAUGACUUCGACAAACGUUUGUUAACUACGUUUACUCAUGUUUGGUUUUGCGAUGUACUGUUACGACCUGGCUUCGAAUUUUACCGUGGAUACAAAGUGCCACAGACGAGAAACCUCCAAGAAUACUUGGACUAUAUCGACAAUUUACAUGCAACGGACACACCAGAAGUAUUUGGUUUACAUCCAAACGCGGACAUCACUUAUCAGAUAAACACGGCAAAAGGAAUACUCGAUACAAUUCUGAGUGUACAGCCUAAAGAAGGGGGUGCACAAGGUGGUGAAACCAGAGAAAAUGUGGUCUACAAACUCGCUAAUGACAUGCUGGUCAAAUUACCGAAACAAUAUAAUUCUUUCGAAGUGAAAGAAGCACUUCAACGAAUGGGUGCGCUGCUACCUAUGAAUAUAUUUUUGAGACAAGAAAUCGACAGAAUCAGCAGAGUCAUUAAAGAGGUGCAUAGCACUUUAACAGAUUUGAAGUUAGCUAUCGAGGGUACCAUCGUGAUGAGUCAAGGUUUGCGAAAAUCACUCGAUUCAAUGUACGACGCUCGCAUUCCGGAGAAAUGGUUGAAGAUCUCCUGGGAAUCGGCAACGCUUGGAUUUUGGUACACAGAGCUUCUGGAACGAGAUCACCAAUUCAGACAAUGGAUCACCUAUGGCAGACCCAAGGUCUUCUGGAUGACCGGGUUCUUCAAUCCUCAGGGAUUUCUAACUGCAAUGCGACAAGAAGUAACUCGGGCACAUAAAGGUUGGGCUCUUGAUUCCGUUGUAUUGCAAAAUUUAAUCACAAGAUAUAAUAAAGAAGACAUAAAAAAUCCACCACAAGAAGGAGUAUACGUUCAUGGCCUGUUCUUAGAAGGUGCUUCGCUUGAUCGUAAAACAAGCAAAUUAGUAGAAAGUAAACCGAAAGUUUUAUAUGAACAGAUGCCUGUAAUCUAUAUUUAUGCAAUAAACACAACUGCAGGGAAGGAUCCGAAACUUUAUGAAUGCCCUAUAUAUAGGAAACCACAGAGAACAGAUUCCAAGUAUAUCGGAUCUAUAGAUUUUGAAACUGAUCAUAAUCCUCGACACUGGACGCUACGAGGUGUAGCACUUUUAUGCGAUAUAAAAUAA